GUUCGCGUUCGGCCGGUCAACCACGCGCGCGAGUGUUAUCACUCUGUCUUGUCCGGCUUGACAAUCGCCAAAAAAAAAAAAAUAAAUAACAGCCCAUAACACGAUAUGAACAUUUGUACACUCGUAUAGCGCGUGAACACCUGUCGGCGAAGAGGCGUCGCAAGAACCGUGUUUCGAUCGCCAGUCAAAAAGUUUUUUCCGAAUAUCGAAAAGCAAAAUUUUUUUUUUUUUUAAUUGUGCUCGUUAAAUUUUUGUUUUUAUAAACUCUCAUCGUACCAGAGGAGCGUAGGACUCGAAUGAGUGCGGUGUCGCCGAUACCAUGUUACCCGACGGUCGUGACGGUCGCCGAGACCGUCGGGUUGGUGGUCGCCGUCCGUCGACUCGGUACGUCGGCCGAGUCGGUGUGGUAGUGCCGGUAGCUAGACGGUCGGACGAUAGACGAAGUACGUAUAAGAAAUAAAUUUCAAAAAAAAAAUAAUAAAUAAACAAAUCGUUGGCCGUUGCUGUCAGCCACGAGAAAACGUGGAACGAUAACGAAACAAUUAGAAAAAAAAAGCCAAACUCGACCGCGACAACGAGCGUUCAGAGUCAAACAAAAUAGCAGAAAAAAGAACUAAAACAGAUCCGGACUUAAAGGAAGGGACGCACGGGUCAUGAGUUUUGUUUGGUGGAAAGAUUUCCGUAGAAAGCGACCGCCGCCCGAUAGGCAAACGUGGAGGAAAUUCGAUUGCGGCCAACAACCCGUCACAGUACCGAUGCCGAUUGCCCGCGUUGGCGACCGUCACGCGUUGGCCCAUCGGACUUAACGCACGCUCUUCGUUUGCGUUGACGAUCAAUUCGGCGUGGCCGUUGAAAUCCAAAAAUAAAAAAGCCAUGGUUUCCAUGGGCAGCCUUUCUAACCUUUCGGGGGUGGUGUUCAAAAUCGACCAGGACGAGUUCGGACUACUGGUCGACCAAAACUCCACCGACUUCCUAAACGGCACCAACAACACGCUCGACCCGAAUCGGACGUACUACAUAUUCGAAUCGGUGUAUCCGUCCACGUACUCCGUACCGGAAAUCGUAGUGGCUUCCGUGUUGGUCAUCAUGCUCAUGAUCGUGGUGGUGGUUGGCAACAUGCUCGUUAUCAUUGCCAUCGUGACGGAGAAAGCGUUGAAAAACGUGCAAAACUGGUUCAUCGCCAGCCUGGCCGUGGCCGAUUUCUUUCUAGGGCUGAUCAUCAUGCCGUUCUCGCUUGCUAACGAGCUAAUGGGCUACUGGAUAUUUGGUGACUGGUGGUGCGACAUACACGCCGCCCUCGACGUCCUCCUGUGCACCGCGUCCAUCAUGAACCUGUGCCUGAUCGCCCUGGACAGGUAUUGGUCCAUCACGCAAGCUGUCGACUACCUGAAAAAGCGGACGCCGGCUCGCGCCAUCAUCAUGAUCGGCUUUGUUUGGAUAUUCAGCGGCGUUAUUUGCAUACCACCUCUGCUCGGUUGGAAAGUCAAAAGAGUGCCUGAGCGAUAUCCUAAAUGCGAGUUGAACAAAGAUCUCGGUUACCGGAUUUACUCGGCUCUUGGUUCCUUCUACAUACCGUCGUGCAUCAUGGUAUUUGUGUACAUCCGGAUAUACUUUGCGGCCAAAGCGCGGGCACGCCGGGGUAUCCGGAAACCGCCGUCCAAGCCGAAAAACCAAAACCGGACGACGGCCAAGGGCGGCACCCAAAGUCCAUCCACAGUGUCGCAGACCACUAGCUUCAUUACCAGGCCGGCCGCGGCUAUGGUGGGCGGGUUGUCAUCGCGGUCACCGCCCGCCACCCCCGUCACCAACACGUUGCCGGUGAUCGCUUGCGACUACGCCAGCGACGCGAGCACCAGCGACGUGAGCAAAGACGGAGACAAAGAUACGCUCAAAGUGUUCACCACUCAAGGCAGCCGCCGGCUGACGGUCAACGGCGACGUGACCGCCGGCGGUGCAAGCAGAUGCCGGGCGCCCAGUGUUGGCGUGGACACCGACAUGGUCAGUGAACUGGACCCGUCAUCGUCAGACUCGGGCAACGUGCAAAAAUGCGGCGUGGUCAAGCCGGUCAAAGCCAGGCUGUGCAAGCCAAUAUUCGGCAGUCGUGGCAAGUCGGCUAAGGCGGCGGCGUCGGCCAAGGCCAAGCGUGACAUCCUGGACACGGGCAAGGUAUCGCUGAGCACCAGGGAGAUUGCCCCGUCACCGGCCACGGCGUCGCUGACCAGGCCCAAGCCGCGAGAUCCGGAACGCGAGAAAAGGCGAAUCGCGCGCAAAAAGGAAAAAAGGGCAACGCUCAUACUGGGCCUAAUCAUGGGUUCGUUUAUUGCCUGCUGGCUGCCCUUCUUCUUCAUGUACGUGCUCACGCCUCUGUGUUCCAUUUGCUACAUACCCCCGCAGGCUCUUACAGUGGCCUUUUGGCUGGGCUACAUGAAUUCGGCUAUCAACCCCGUCAUCUACACGAUAUUCAACAAGGACUUUCGACGAAGUUUCCGCCGUGUGUUGUUUAAAUAACAUAAUAAUUAAUAUUAUUCCUAAUAAUUUUCGAAUAACUACUUCCAUUUCUACCACUCCUUACUCCUUCCCAAUCGACUCAUUCCUCUCAAUUAAAUCUACCCAUCCUAUUUAUCAUAGUGCCAUUUCAUUCAAAUAGUCAACUGAAACACACACCGGUAAAACCUUAAGCCUCUGAAUACAACACGACCCCAGCAAAUAAACCACCAUGUAGACAAUUUCCUAAUAUCAUACACCAUACUCGAUGAUAACUUUGUGCUCUUUGAAUAGACAACAAAACAAAUAAUAAUAAACCGGACAAUGUGGCUAAUACCUCCUAAUAUCAAACGAAAUAGUGUGAGCGUGAAGAAAAUACUAGUUACCACAAUGGUUGGUUAAACAAAAGCAAAACCGGUCAUGGAUAAGAAAUUAUUAACUAUUAUAAUUUAUUAUGAAUUUUAACUACCAAAGUUAUAACGUCUAAUCGCCGUUACCGCAUAGAUGACUAGUAUUCUUCUCGGAAGUACAUUAACACAACGACAAAUGGAAAGGUUGAUUUAAUUUUGAACUGGCUUGUCAGCUUAUUUUUUAUUAGCUCUCAUUUCUACGCGCCAUCUACGUUGGUUAAUAAAGUGCGUUUAUGCGUUUGUCAAAACGGUGAAGGUAUAAGCUAGGGGGGGGGGGAAAUAACAAAGUAUCUACUACUUUCCGCCGAUCCCACCAAACCAGGUUUGGACUUUGGUGGUUUAUUUAUUAAUACACUUUACUUUUGACGAAGCCCAGUGUUUCCAUUAACCACUGUCGCUCCGAGCGUAUUAUCGAUACAGUUAUGCAUGCGAAACUUAACGUUUAUCCACGGUAACCAUGGUGCCGGUUGAUAGGCCACGAUCGCAUGAUUAAUAAAACAAUUAAUCGGGCUUUUUAUUUUAUAUAUUUAUAAUAAAUAUAAUAAUAAAUUCGACAAAUACGUAUGGGAUGGGUCCAUUAACGGAUUAGAACUUAGAUCCUAAGAUGUCGGUACCUAUAUAGAGAACUGAUUUGAGUUACAUAAAUAAUUAUUAUUUUUUAUUAAUCGCUAUAGUCUAAUAAAAUGUAUAACUGAAUAAAUAAAACGAUAAUAAAUAACUUGUCGUUUGCGGCAACAAUAUUCGUAUUAUGUACAUUGUAUAAAUCUAAAAAAGUGCCAUGUCUGCCUGUUGAGACUUGGUUUUUCCUAUAAAAAUUUUCAAAGAAAUAUAUACAUCUUUUUUUUAAAUCUUUUAUAGCUCAGAAAACCCGGUCACAAGUCGAAAGAAACAUAAACGACUUUUUAUUACAAAAGUUUGUCCUAUUUAAAAAAAAAUUUUAGCCAUUUUAAUAAUACGGAGAACUUGUGCUUCCAUCUUAAAACAUUAAUGAGAUUUUUUAUUAGAAAAUUUUAGUUAUUAAUAUGAUCAAAAUUACCGGGAGGGGGACGUGUAAACAUCCUUGAGCUGGCCGAAAAAAAUUAUUGCUGAUUGAUACUUAAAUCAUGAUUUAGUAUUUGUUUUUGUACUCAUUGUUUUAUGUUGGGAGUAUUCUAAAAAAACAAUUAUAAUAUUCUGAAGGUUCAGCCGUCGACUCGAUUUGCAAAGCUGGAUGAAUUAUUGAUUUAUAUUCACCUCGUUAAGUUAAACGAAAUUAUCUGUAAGUUAAAUGAUAAAAAUAUAUUAAACUCGGUUAAUAUAAAACAGUUUACCGAAUCGACUACAGUUUUACAUUGUUUUAUAAUUGAUUUCGAUAAACCUGAUAAUUCUCAUUUCGGUUUCUUCUUUGAUAUUUUCUGAUAAGUUGUUUGUUUUAAUAGGUAUAUUAAUUACAUAAUUAUUGCGAAACUAAUAAAUUGUAAUUAUGCGACUGUUAAAAUAAAGUAAUUUAAAAUCAACUUAAAGCCUUGGACGCAUAAAUGCCCUGCCUUGUCAAUUAGGCUACUUAAUUAAAAUAAUAAUUCAAUUCAUUGAUAAUCAACAACAACAAUUACAUCACUUUAAAUCCCGUUUUCUUUGGACAAGGUGGACUCACGAUUUAAGACACGUUAGAGCCUUAGCCAGUCUUAAGACAAUGUCGGCCUUGGACGACAUUUUUUCAUGGAGUUGAUAUGGAAUCCAAAGGCCUGAACAUCAUCACCGGUCUUCAGUUUCUUGGUCAUCUCGGUGUAGAUGUUAACACCGCCCGUCUUCACCACCAUGGCAACUGUUGCCUGAUUUGGGGCCCGGUCAUGUCUUUCCAAAGCAGGUCCUCUUUUUCUUCUUCUUGACUUUUAUUUCUUCGCCUUUUCGGCCCCUUGUCUGGUAACAGGUUGUAAAAUAGUCUCUAUAAAAAAAAAACAUUUCCAAAAUCAAUUUUCCACCGGAACGUAACAAGUUUUUAGCGAUUUCCCAUCCGUCGAGAAUUUUUUUUUUCAAAACAAAUACAAACCGAAUCGGUUUAAAUGUUUUGUUUUUUCACCGAGUUGCUAAAAGUAAUAGUAAUAAUAAUAAUAUUAUUUUAAUAUCUAAAACGGCAAAGAACACCGGGCACGUCAGUUCAUGUUUACUCUGCGUGCUGCUAAAACUGGAGUGAAUGGAGGGGGGGGGGCGCUGAAAUUGAUUUAAUAAUAUACAUAGAUAUACAAAGCGACUAUUCGGAAUGAUAAUGUACUCAACACGGUAUUCCGGUUUGCCGAUCACGUAUCCCAUUCACAACGGUGUUUACAACAACAAGGGCAAUAAUAUUAUAACAUCCGUCGAUUGUUGGUUUUUCGACGAUGCGUUUAUUUACUUAAACGCACGUUCGAAACAUCAACAAUAAGCUCCAGCCGUCCGUUUAUGUACACAAUACAUAUUGGCGCUUUGUGAACAAUACAUAUGUACAUACACACUCACCAUACACUUACAGUUGGUUUUUUUUUUUUUUAAAUCUUGUUAAACUGACAAUCAUUCGCCAACAGAAGAGUGCAGCGCAGCAGUUCUUGUUCCGUCCUAAAAGGGAUUUACUGCAAAUAAUAAUAAAACAAUUAAAUAAACAAAAGCAAAACAACGUUAAAGUAAGAGUUUUUUUUUUGUUUUUGGUUUAUUACUAAAAUAUAUAAAUAUAUAUAUAUACAUAUAUUUUUUUUGUUAUGUGUUUGUUUGUUCUUCGCAAACUUUGGCGCGCGUUUGUCUCGACUUAAGAAGUCUAAAUCGGUUUAUUUAUAAUCAAAAAUAAUAUAUUUGUUUUACCAUUCUUACUACAACGCUUAUUUUGUCGUUUGUUAUUAUUCUCUUGUUUGGUUAUUAUUAGUGUUAUAUUAUAAAUAACUUUUAUAAGACAAAUUAUAAUAAUAACAACGGUUGUUCGUUCUUUAGGCAAUUUUUUUGUCACGCCAGACACAGCACAAGCAAUAAGACGGGAUUUAAUUUAUAAUAAUAUUAUGAAGAAUACGAUUUUAUUUGUUUUGCGAACAUUAAACAAUGACCGUCUAGGGACUAGGUGCGGCCGAAUACCGUACAUACCUAGUUUUGCACGCUUGAAGAUCGCCCAAACGACCUUGUGUAAAUCCUUGAGCGUAUAUAAAAUUGUCGUUUAGUUUUUCUAUAAAAUUUUUCCCAAGAAAAUAUUUACUUCCGGCUAAACGGUGGUCGCCCUUUCUUGGUUCUAUACAAAAACAAAACGCAACUGUCGUCACCCAGACUAUUAAGUAUAUUUCCGUUUAAUCCUUUUAUGUACGAUCAGACCAAAGUUCCAAAUGUAAGAAAGGAAUACACCUACGACGGAACAUAGACAUACACAUUGGCGACGCCAACUUUUUUGCUAUUUGAACAACAAAUUUUGCUUAGACCUUUUCUUCCCCCAGUGUAUUCUGUACACUGUUCACAGAAAGAAGUAAAACAAACUUGACCAAUCGGUUUUGGUCGGUGACGAUCAGACCACGCCUCACUUAACCAAUUUCCCUCUCCCUUCAACUGAUUAGACCAAUCGGCUCUAGUCAUUAAUGGCAAACGUGACCUGCCCCGCCCAAUAAACAACUCAUCUAUGCACAAAAUAUUCCUUCUUAUUUUGAAUAGUAGGUAUAAACUCUUUCAUUCGCUUGUAGUAUUUUAUAAUAUAAUAUGGGUCCAAAAAAAAAAAAAAGAGGACGUUAACGCUUGAGCCUCAAACAAUUGUUUUU